AUGGAAGCUACUACCACAAAACCCAGCAUUAAUAACAAUGUGGAUCUCAACAUGGAAGAAGAUGGAGUCAACUCUAAUGGAAAUGUGGAUGCACUAUCAGUGUCCAUUGCCAGCUCUCCUAGUUCCUUUGAAAAAAGUGUUACUACAUCACCUAGGCUUUCCUGGUUCUCUUCUGGCUCUAACCCGGCUCCAAGUGACUACACAGCUAUUAAUAAUCUGGCCUCUUUGAAUCAGGAAAACUUCACUGAAAUGGAGACUUCAGAUGCUGACCACAUGGAAUGCAACACUGAUCCGCUAUCCACAUCUACUCCAAAAAUCUCUCGGGAGCUCUCCCUGCUUAUUGGUAAACCAGGACCAAUGUUUGUGAAAGACUUCGCUAUUAUUGCCAGACCAUUGUCCUUUAAGAUGGGCGAGGAAGAGUUAGCAUCUUUUAAGCAAUUAAAAGUAUCCCUGACAAGUUCGCCUGUACUAAAGUUAUUUGAUCAAAAGAGUGCAACAGAAAUCCAUUGUGAUGCAAGCAUGUGCGGAUAUGGAGCAGCCCUUCCUCAAAAGGAUUCAGCUGAUCAAGAAUUCCACCCGGUAGAGUACAUGAGCCGCAAGACAACAGAUGCCGAGGAGAAAUAUCCUUCUUAUGAGCUAGAAGUACUCGCUAUAGUACAAGCUCUAAAGAAGUGGAGAAUCUACUUGCUGGGGAGAAAGAUUAAGAUCGUCACUGACUGCAAUGCGUUUGCUAUGACCAUGCGGAAGAAUGACGUCCCAGUAAAAGUAUCUCGUUGGGCCAUGUUUUUACAAGACUUUGAGUACAUAAUAGAGCAUCGUCCAGGCACAAGGAUGAAACAUGUCGACGCCUUAAGCCGAGUACAUACCUUGUUGCUUCAAGAUUCAGUCAGACAUCGAAUUCAACAAGCUCAACGUCAGGAUGAAUGGAUAAAAGCCAUUUGUAAGGUCCUAGAAACAAGAACCUAUGAUGACUUCUAUCUGAAGCACGAAGUUCUCCACAAGGAUUCUAUAAAAGAGCUCAUAGUGAUCCCAUCAGUCAUGGAGAACGAAAUAAUCAACACAGCUCACCGACAAGGACACUUUGGUGUAAAAAAGACUAUUGACUUGGUGCAGCGCGAUUAUUACAUCCCAGAUUUAAAGAAGAAAGUUCAAACUAUAGUGAAGUCCUGUAGUACUGGCGCUGACGAAGUAGUCGAUAGAAUGGAAAGGCAGGCUGAAGUUUUCGGUAGCCCAAGUCGUAUAAUCACGGAUCGUGGAACGGCAUUCACAGCCAAUGUUUUUCAGGAAUACUGUAAGGAUCACAACGUUCAGCAUUUGUUGGUAGCCACAGGAGUGCCACGUGGCAACGGUCAAGUAGAGCGUAUCAAUAGGAUUGUCAUCACUAUAUUGACAAAACUUUGUGCAGAAUACCCGAAAGUUUGGUAUAAGGAUGUAGGCAGGGUUCAACAGUUUAUUAAUUCCUCCCCACCUAGAAGUACCAAGAUAGCUCCAUUCAAGAUUCUUACCUGGAUGAACAUGAAGACCAAGUACGAUAAAGAGUUAGAAAAGCUGUUAGAGGAAGAUUUCCUAAAUGAGUUACAGGAAGAGAAGGAGAUGAUUCGAAAGGAAGGUAAGGAGAACAUCGCAAAGAUUCAGGACGAGAAUCGCAAGUCAUUCAACAAAUCAAGAAAGCCAGAGUCUGAGUACAAACUCGGAGAUUUAGUAGCUAUUAAAAGAACGCAGUUUGGUGCAGGGUUGAAGUUGAAGAAGAAGUACUUAGGGCCGUACACCGUGACCCGUAAGUUGAGACAUGGUCGAUACCAAAUAAAACAAACACUGUCGCCGAAUAUAUGA